CACACGUACAGCUCUUCCUUAUUGCUUUCCUCCUCUACUUGAGCGCCUCCCAUAACUCCCUUCCCAUUCUUCUCUCUCUCUCUCUCUCUCUUUUUUCUCUCGUUUCUUGAGAUCUGUGCCUUCUCUUCUCCGUCGUCUCCGGCGAGAUUUGGUGUUUGCUCCGAUCGUUUUGCAGUGAUGGCUCCACCCAUUGAGGCUACUCAGACAGUUACUGAGAUUCCCCAAAAAGUUACUGAAAUUCCUCAAAAGGUUGUUGAGGCUUCUAAGAAAGUUACCGAGACUCCCAACAAGGGUGCCAACCAUUAUUCCUCACAUCCACCUCUUAAUGAGAGGAUCCUUUCUUCCAUGACCAGGAGGUCUAUUGCUGCACACCCUUGGCAUGAUCUUGAAAUAGGCCCCGGAGCUCCAAAGAUCUUCAACUGUGUUGUCGAAAUCGGAAAAGGAAGCAAGGUGAAAUAUGAACUUGACAAAAAAACUGGACUUAUCAAGGUUGACCGUAUUCUGUACUCAUCUGUUGUCUACCCCCACAACUAUGGCUUCAUCCCCCGUACACUUUGUGAGGACAAUGAUCCCUUGGAUUGCUUGAUUAUUAUGCAGGAGCCGGUUCUUCCUGGAUGCUUUCUUCGGGCUAAAGCUAUUGGCCUGAUGCCCAUGAUUGAUCAGGGUGAGAAAGAUGACAAGAUCAUUGCUGUCUGUGCUGAUGAUCCUGAAUACCGUCACUACAGUGACAUCAAGGAUCUGCCACCACAUCGUUUGGCUGAGAUCCGUCGCUUCUUUGAGGACUACAAGAAAAAUGAGAACAAGGAGGUUGCAGUCGACGACUUUCUCCCUGCAUCUGCUGCCUUUGAAAGUAUCCAGCAGUCAAUGGAUCUUUAUGCAGACUACAUUGUGGAGAGCCUCAGGCGGUAGUUGUUCGUGCGAGCAAUGAAUCUCAGUGGUAUCCUACUAUAGACAGAUUAUAUAUAAUGUCCGUAUCUUUGUAAUGAUGAUGAUGAUGAAAAUAACUCUACAAUUUAGUCGUUUUUGCAUACAUACAUUGUCUUCCCAAUGUAUAUGCUUAUAUUACGACUUCUAGAUGGAAAUUUUCCUAUAUGAUAAGUAUCAAGUCUUUUUAUACAGUGAUGAAUGUUGGAUUGUUGGAAAGCAAUACAUCUGUGUCCCAUUUUUUGUAUCCUAUCAUGGGUUUCAAACAAUUAUUUUUGAUAUGUAUUCCCUUAUGAAUGUAUUCUUUUAUUUCUUGUAUGUAAUGAAGCAAUUCUUGUUUGACCGUUACUAUUCUUGUAAAAUGCUCAAAGUAGGAGAUUAUACUUUAUAAAAAUGUCACAG